AUGUCAUACGCAUACCUCUUCAAAUACAUAAUAAUAGGCGACAGCGGAGUCGGAAAAUCAUGUCUCUUAUUUCAAUUCACAGACAACCGCUUUCAACCUGUCCACGACAUAACAAUAGGUGUCGAAUACGGUGUCAGAACAAUCACCGUCGAUAAUACACCAAUCAAGUUACGAAUAUGGGACACCGCGGGUCAAGAAUUAUUCAGAUCAAUAAUAAGAUCAUAUUAUAGAGGAGCAGCAUGUGCAUUGCUAGUUUAUGAUAUAACAAGGAGAGAAACAUUUAAUCACUUGGCUUCUUGGUUAGAAGAUGCAAGACAACAGGCAAAUUCAAAUAUGGUCAUUAUGUUAAUCGGAAACAAGUCUGAUCUUGCUAAGAAACGCCAAGUAAGUACCGAAGAAGGAGAGAGGUUCGCGAAGGAGAACGGUUUGAUCUUUAUGGAAGUUUCGGCGAAAAGUGGUGAGAAAGUUGAAGAGGCGUUUGUAAAAAGUGCUAGAAGUAUAUAUAAAAAGAUUGAAGAUGGAGAUUUUAAUGUGUUGGAUGAAACUCAUGGAAUACAAAUUGGAUAUGGUCGAUCAUAUGUUGGUAAAAAUCAAAAGCUUCCAACUCCUACUUUGGGUGGAAGAAGAAGCUGCUGCACUUGA